UAAAAAAAAAUAAAAGGGUGCCAAGAAGCUGGGACGGAGGAACGUGGGUGUAAAUAGACAGUGAACGUUGUUGCUCUCUCUCUCUUUCUCUCUCUCUCUGUCUCCCUCCCUACCCUUCUCCUUUCCUCUCCUUCUUUCUCUCUUUUAUGAAAUCAAUGAACGAGUUAUUGGGUAGGACAUAAAUAUAAGGAAUCAAAGCCUCUAUCGGGACCAACUGGGCACUGCACGCUUUUUUUGAUAUGAGUCUUCGCUGCACGCUACAUGUGUUUUCCAAUCAUUGUAAAUACUGGCUUUGAUAGGACGAGAGAGGACCCUCUCUGGCACGGCUUGGUCUUGGAACCCAAAUUUUCUCCUUUCUUUUUAUUUUUUUAUUUUCCCUCUUCUUCAAAAACGACUCUCCGCCCGUCGCCGUCUGCCGCCGUUGUCCUGCAUACAUCCCCAACUCUCCCCGCGGCAGGUCAGAAGAUGGCAACUUUAACCAACGGGCAGGUGGACGGCGCGGUGCACGGUGUCGGCGUCGGUGUCGUGUCUGCCAACACGAACGGGCUCGUGAACGGAUUAAGCCACAGCUCAGCGGGAUGCCCAGCCACCAUACCCAUGAAGGACCACGAUGCCAUCAAACUCUUCAUCGGCCAGAUCCCGCGCAACCUGGACGAGAAGGACCUCCGGCCCCUCUUCGAGGAGUUCGGCAAGAUCUAUGAGCUCACUGUGUUGAAGGACCGCUUCACGGGCAUGCACAAAGGCUGUGCCUUCCUCACCUACUGUGCCAGAGAGUCAGCCCUGAAAGCCCAGAACGCAUUGCACGAGCAGAAGACCCUGCCAGGAAUGAACAGACCAAUCCAGGUGAAGCCAGCAGACAGUGAGAGUCGAGGAGAAGACAGAAAGCUCUUUGUGGGCAUGCUUAACAAGCAGCAGUCAGAAGAUGACGUGCGACGCCUCUUUGAGUCCUUCGGUAGCAUUGAGGAGUGCACCAUCCUCAGAGGUCCUGAUGGGAACAGCAAAGGUUGUGCGUUUGUAAAAUACUCGUCUCAUGCUGAAGCUCAGGCAGCCAUUGGUGCACUUCACGGCAGCCAGACAAUGCCUGUGGGUGCACAGGGUGCCUCGUCCAGUCUGGUGGUAAAGUUCGCUGACACGGAUAAGGAGCGCACCAUCCGCCGCAUGCAGCAGAUGGCCGGUCAGAUGGGCAUCUUCAACCCCAUGGCCCUGCAGUUUGGAGCCUACGGAGCAUACGCUCAGGUGCAGCAGCAGGCAGCAUUGAUGGCGUCUGUAGGACAGGGGGGCUACCUCAGUCCAAUGGCAGCCUUUGCAGCAGCCCAGAUGCAGCACAUGGCUACCAUCAAUGGCCUCCCCGGAGCACCGCUGACCCCUACGUCAGGUGGCAGCACUCCCCCGGGCAUUAGUGCCCCCACAGUGACCAGCAUCCCCUCACCCAUCAGCGUCAAUGGAUUUACCGGCAUGCCACCGCCCCAGGCCAAUGGGCAGCCACCAGCAGAAGCUGUCUUUACCAAUGGGAUCCACCAUUAUCCUGUGUUGCAAGAGGUGGUUUUUAGGGAGGACUCAGAGAAAAACGGCUUGGGCGUGGCUCCGAGGAGUUGUUUUGGGGUUCAGGGUGGCUGCUUCCUCUCUUCUCUCUCAGAAGCAGCUCAGAGUCCCACCGCAGCCGAUCCUCUCCAGCAGGCUUACACUGGAGUCCAGCAGUAUGCAGCAGCCUACCCCGCCGCAUACGGUCAGAUCAGCCAGGCCUUCCCCCACCCUCCGCCCAUCAUUCCACAGCAGCAAAGAGAAGGACCAGAGGGUUGCAACCUGUUCAUCUACCACCUCCCUCAGGAGUUUGGGGAUGGAGAGCUGAUGCAGAUGUUCCUGCCUUUCGGUAAUGUCAUCUCCUCCAAAGUGUUUGUGGAUCGGGCGACAAACCAAAGUAAAUGCUUUGGUUUUGUCAGCUUUGACAACCCAGGUAGUGCCCAAGCUGCCAUCCAAUCCAUGAACGGCUUCCAGAUUGGCAUGAAGAGACUGAAGGUCCAGCUGAAGAGGCCAAAGGACGCCAACCGCCCGUACUAGCCCUCCUCCCCUGCCCCAACUGGCCAACGCCAUCGUGGCCGACGGGGGCAGGCGCUGUCAACAGGAGAAGACAGGAUUUGUUGAGCUGAAUAACAUGUUGACCACUUGCUACCAACUGCUGAGUUAAAACUCAGCCUCCGGACCACAAAGGCUGCUUCAGAGAAAGAGAGAGAAGAGUGAGCAUUGGCCAGGUCCAGGACACCUCCCUUUGGAUGUACUUAAACUAGUGAACUCAAGAGAGAAUUUCUGGUUAGCACCAUGACUUCUUUUUCUCCUGCACACUAAUAUACACCUCCUCCACCUAAAAACCCUGCUUGAAUGACAGCUACCUUUUUCUGGACCACAAACACUUUUACUUGAAUGCUGAAAGGGGAAAAAAAGUUAAAGAUCCUACAUCAGACCUACUGAUUAUGACCAUUUCUACUGAACUCUGCAAGGGAAUAUGGAUGCCAAAAGUCCAACGGGAAAUAAAAACUUUUUAAAAACUGAAUAGAGGAUUGCCAUAGGAGAUCCUUCUGUGAGAUGGUUUGAGUUUCUUUUUGGACAAAUGACUUUUGAAGACCAAUUUCUAAGACUUCAAGCAACUAAGUGCAAAUUGUUAGAGAGGGAGAGAGAACUGCAGUAGGGAAUGUGACAUUUUCAGGACACAGAUUUGGGAUGGCCAUCUUCAGCUCGGAGUGCCUGUCUGUUUCCAGGGAACACCGUUGCAGAGGAGAGCCACGGCAACGGAUUCCAGGGAGUCUUAUCCGUCAUUCCUUAGUUGUUUUAGGGACCAAAAGACCAAACGUUUUUAUUGCUGAGGACUUGUAGCUCUAAUAUACUUGGACCACUGCAUCUCUUUAAGUCAGCGGCGCCUGCCUGGAGAGUUGCACUUGAAACAAGUGUACAUUUCGAAUAUAUACAAAACCUGUAUAUAUACAUAUAUAUUAAUGAUAUGCUUUUUUGGAAUACAGGCAGAACUAUUUCAGACGACCAAAAAGGGUCUCUCACUUCGUUAGUUUACAAUUACGCAAAAUGUUUAUUUUUGUUCCCCUUUUCAUUUUUGUCUCGGGAGGGAUGGCGAAUGCAUGGGAGGGGCUGCUCCGUAUCACAGCCUUAUCUUUUUUAAAAUCGACAUCCUAACCUCACAGAUAAAAGAACAUCCGAAACGUUUGAAAUAUAUGAACUUGUUUAUAUUUGCAGUACAUAUAAAUGUAUAACAAGCAUUCAAGGCAAUGUAUUCAUAUAUACAGUAUAUAUGGAUAAUAGAUAUUAAUCACAAAUAUAUGUAUUUAUAUGCACAUAUUUUAUAUAUGUGUGACUGUACAUAGAGCGGCUACUGACUAAGUUGAGCUGUCCUUUUUUUGUAGAGUUUAGCAGGAGUUUGAAGCAUUGCUCUGCUUGGGAAGACCCGCACAUCUGGCAGCUCCCCAAAACUGCAGGCAUUCCUAUCUCUGAUAACAUAUAUGCUGACACAUGACAUGUUACUAAAAAAGAAAAAAGAAAAAAAAGAAAAGAAAAAAAGAUCAGCGCGUAUGAGAAAACGUAUCUUCUGUAAAUAUUAUCUGAAACAUGCAAAAAGCCACCUCUCAGUAGCAGGCUUUAAGAGAAUCAGGCUAAAGAGGAUUUUUUCUUUAGAAGAAAAGGACAAUUAUCUUCGACUCUAUUCCAAAACAUAUCAUGUGAGCUCACACACACACACACACACACACACACAAACUUCUCUUUGAAACUUGAACCAAAACGAAUACGUCUCACAACCCUUGCUCUCUUUUGCAUUCAGUAAAGUGCAUGUAGCGUAUGGGCUGUCACCACAUCGAGGUGUGCCUUGUCACCUGCAAAAUCUGCCAUCCAGCACUGUGCUCCCACAAAAAUGAAAACAAAAACAAAGACAGACACAAAGAACCUGAACACACAUUUCUGCAAGCAGCCAAUGCGCUAUUAUGAUGUCAAAAAACCCCAGGCAAAUCCAUAUCAUUUCUCAGCCAUGUAGAGAGCUUUAGCGCAUGUCAAACAGAGCAAAUCGUCCGAUCACUGUUGGGUCUACCUUUGUCUUUGCAAAAAUAAACAAAAACAUGCAUUUAAAGCGGAAGUAGACACGUGAUCAGACUAUAAAACGUGGGCAUUAGGUAACCUGUUGGCACAGGUGUUAACUAUCAAAGCAGUGUGCAGGGCUCCUGUAACUACCUUCCUCUGGUCGAAGCUGGAGAAUAAAGUAGGCGUGACUGAAUGAGGGAAGUGACUGAGCAGUAUUUACAGCUAUGACGUUAUUGCAAUGAGGAUAAAGAUGAUCGAAAUCUGGUUUCAUAUAACGUUUUAAUAGCAAAUCUCUGCUGGCAACGUGAAGCAUUUACUUUUAACUUUCAUUAUGCCUAAUAACAUCUUCCCAUCUGACUUAAUAAAUAUAUAUAUAUAUAUAUAUAAAAUGGACAACGACACAGUUCUGGAUAACCCUGUCAAAGAUGUGCAAAAAGCCUUAAAAUACUUGGUUGUUAUGGAGACGUUGUGACUUUUAGGAUCCUAUUCUUUGUUACAGUUGUCUAAUAAUACCUUUAGAAACUUUACUCUUUCGUCAAACCAUCCUGCUCACUGUGCAGUUCGACAUCUUAGAAAAGUUUAUUUAAUCUUUUCAAAGGGGAGUGUUGGCCUAGUUGUUAGGGCAGUACACUUGUGCUCUGUGAAGGCUACAAGUACCGGGUUCGAUUCCCAAAGCCUGCACUCUGGGUUCCUGAGCAAGGACCAUAACCCCACACUGCUCUUCGGGCGCCGCACAAUGGCAGCCUACUGCUCCCCAAGGGGAUGGAUUAAAUGCAGAGAGUUGAUUUCCCCAUUGUGAGACAAUAAAGGGAUUUACAUUUUCAUUUACAUAAAUAUUCCAUUGAAAAAGUUAAUCUCCAUUCUUUAUACACAGUAUGAGGUUUCAGUGGUUUAUUUUUCCUAAAUUCCUAAUUAUGUUGUAAACCAGAGUCAGCAACCUCUACGAUUGAAAGAGUCAAUAUUACCUUUGUUGUUGGUUACAGAAAAUCACCUUCCAACGAGGACUUUAAUUGCAGUCUAAACAGUACAAAACUAUAGAUGAAUAUAGAUGAAAUACGAUCAAGUUUCUUUAAAAAAAUGAGAAGGAAAGUUUAGUGGAAGGAAUAAUUGUGGAAUCAACCGGUUUUACAUUUUGGUUUGAAUGAGUAAAACAGAUGAACUUUCUAAUUUAAUGAAAUACACUUAUAAACUUGGGCUAUCUUCCAGCCUAGUAGAUUAUAGUUCCAAUAGUAAAUUAAGUUUUUUCAAACUGUUCCUGUACAUUUGCAAGUGCAAGUUUUUUUGCUUUAACUUCUUGCUGUUCCCUAAUAGCUAAGAAGAGAGGACAUCAGCCUUACCUAAAUGGGAUAUUUUCUGUUGUCUAUCCCAAUGUAAAGAUCUGUGAAUAGAAACUAGCCCUUUUACACAUUUCUCUACCUCCAGAGUAACAGGAAGUUUUGGACCACCAUUUAAAAGUCCCGUUGCACAAAAAAAAGGGAAAGAUUUUGGUUGUUUACUGAAAUUACAUUUAAAGAAAUGUAUUUUAUUGCUUUUUACACAUCUUUGCCAUAAUUUGUAUUCAGAAAUGAAGGCUCUACUGCCUUCAGCUCCAAAAUGAAGUUAACCCUUCCACUUAAUGCAACUGCUCUCUUACUGAGGCUGACUUCAUGAUUGCUCAGCAUAGAGUUUUCUAUAGCAUUCCACAGGAAAAUGUUGUAAACACCUACUAUACACCUCUAAAAGGUCAACAGACGUGGAUUUAUUGGACUCCCCUCAACACAUAUUGAGCUGGUGGGAAUACUUAAUGAAUAUUUAUAGAUAUGCAUAUUUAUAAGGCUAUAUGACACUUUUGGAAGACAAUGCUUCCCGUUAGGUGCCAUUACCAGUUUAGCUAUAAACUGCUCAUUAUGCUGGUUCCCUGGCGUCUGCAUCUAACCUUUUUUAGCUCUUUGAAUAAUUUAACAUUUACCUCCCAAAUCUAGCAAGGAAAGAAAACAGCCACUCCACACAUCCCAGCUUGUUUUUUUUUUUGUUUUUUUUUAGUGCAGUACUUAAUUCACCAAGCGUGUGAUUUAGUGCAACCAAGAUGACCAACAUGAUUAGGUGCAUUUAAACAAACUGUUUCUGUUUCAAAAUAACAUCAACAAAAAUGUGGCUCAGCCUUAGCCGCUGAUCGCAGCUCCGUCUAUCCCUUUUUGACUUCCCCGCUGCUGCACUGAGAAAUCUUUCUAAAAACAAAGAGAAGCGUACACAGAGCUUGUCUGAGCAAUCAUCCAUGUCUUUUACCCAUGUUUUCAUGAUGUAAGGAAAGGUAAAGCAAUCAUGUGAAGUAUUGGAAAUCUUCACUUGCUCUGAAUCAAAGCUGCAAGUUUACAGGUUGGAAAAAAAAGUUAAACUGACUGGUUCAACAAGAGACAGAGCAGAAGUUUGAAUAUAAAUAUAUAUAAAUAUAUACAUAAACUGAUGAAUAUACUGUAAAUUAUUUCUUUUUUGCUCUGUUUUUCCUCUGUACAUAGGUUUGCAUAUUUUAUAGGACUUUUACUUCCAUCUACAAGGACUGGAUAAAGUACUUUAAAUACUUUAAAUAAAUAUAUAUAUAAAUAUGAAUAUAUGAAUGAAAACACGAUAAUGCUCAUUGAAACCAGGUACAAAAAAAAAAAGAAAAAAAAUACAGUCGCUAGGUUACGGUGAAAACUGUAGGACCUGACCAAGGCAUUUAUCCAGAAUACAGUCAGGGAGAGCAUUGACCUCAGUUAGAGCUUAGACACACAUUGACCUAUUUUAUAAAAACAAAAGGUUUAAAAAACUUCAGUGGGUUCUAUUCAUUUAUUCCUUUAGAUAUUUGUUUAGGAGUCAUGUCUGAGAUGAUAUGCAUGCUUUCACAGCAUUAUUUUUCUAUGAGUUGGUACGUGACCAAAUCUUUUUUUAUAUGACAUGCAUGGGCUGCCGUCGUGGUCCAUAGAUGAUCUUUGUUCCUGCCUGAGGGACCAAACCUUCAGCACUUCUUUGGUGAUGGAGAAGAAAAACCAAAAAAAAAAAAAAAAACUCCUAUUGACCAACUGAUGUCAGAAACAGAUUUUAAUCAUUUAUUUAUCUAUUUAUUUAAUUUAUUGUGUAUUUAUUUGUGCUGUUAGAUUCAAGAUCUGAGCUCUGCUGUCGCCCCUAAUCCUCAAAAGCCCUAAUCUGAAUUUUACUUCUUCAAUGACUGAUUUUUUUUUUCUUUCACAAAUGAACUCAACAAUGCAGUAAAACGCUAAAGCCUUAUACAUACUGUAACUAUAGAUUCAUGCUGUUCUGGAAAAAACUGUUUUUUGUCAGGAAAUUGUCCUCUUGUUAUUGGGCCUUUUCUCCAAAAUUGGUUAAACUCUUGGAUAUUUCGUUCCAAUAGGUUUCGCAAUUAGAAAUAAUUGUUUCUUGUUCAUCACUGAUUACUUGCAUUUGUUUUUCAUUGUGACUUCAAGUAUUUGACAGAGCUCUGAUCUUGUUCAACCCAUAUUUUCUGCCAAAAACAAAAUUCAACAAUGACUGCACUAAUUCAUCAAAAAGAGAAAAGAAAAAUCCAGGUUUCUUUUUAUUUAUUUCUUUUUUUUCUGUGCUAUUACCAGUGUGAUCUUAUUUCUAAGGCUCAGUAGUGUUGCUAGAAUCACAUUUUACAUCAUGUGGUUUUCAAAGUGUUCUGGAAAUCUACUGUAUUUCCCAAAUUUCAGCACAGAUGGAGGGCUGGGGAAAUGAAUGUUGCAUAUUAAAGCUUUGCCAGGUUCCUAAUGAGCUGAGCUUCUGAUUGGGCAGUCCGCUUUAGGGUCCCGCUCCUCCCACCCCGUCUCUCCAGACUGCACCAUUCUCUGGUCCCCUGGACUCCUCUUUUUGUAAUUUUAAAUGAAUGAUGCGUCUCAGCUUAGCCCAAUAAUAAAGCACAGUCUAGAAUAAUGUAAUCUGUGUGGUGUCAUAAUUACUGAGAAUUUAUCAAUGGGAGAUUUUGCUGUUUGUUGAUGUAAAACAUUCACAUCUUGCCAUGGUCAAAGUAUGGUGGGGUUUAAAAAAAGGUUAAAGCUUUAACUGAACACUGACUUUCUGUCUUACUUUACCUAUUCUUUUUAAGUUGUAAUAAAGUGCCAGAGUUAUUGGAAGUUUUUCCUGCUGCACAGAGCAUAGAGGAAGCGAGUUGCACUGCAAACCCCCGUAAACACAAUUAGGAGGCAGAAACACUGAGUGGAUGAGAUAUUUAUUGUGGCGUAAUGAUGUGGCGUUUAGGUUAUUCGGCUGUGGGAAAACAAACCAGUUCUGCAAAACCAAUUAAACAGAGGGUGUAACACAAAGUCCUGGUAAAGCAGUGAGACCACUUUGGUUGAAAAAUUCCCCAAUCUAACUGUAUGAAAAGAUUUUAAAUCACAAAAAACAAUCAUAGAAGGCGAAGGAGGGCUGCUUAUGAAUCAAAUUAAAAGGUAACAGUUUUAAAGCUACAUUUAAGGGAAGUGGACAACUGAUCAACAUUGGCUUCUGGCUUCUUAGCUAAGGUGGAAUAGAUUGUAGUCUGUGUAUAUGGGAGACGUGAGCGUUCAGCUUUAAAUCCUCUUGGUCUUUCAUCUCAGUAUAUCAUCACAAGUCUUUUUUUUUUAUCAUUUUGAAAUAGUAAUAAUCUAGGAGAAUUAUUUUUUUGGUUUUUUAAUGUAGUCCUUUAUUGUAUAUUUUUUAACCUUCCCUCUAAUUAUCUAAGGUCCCCUGACAACCCUCGGUUUGAAAACUAAUAUUUUAACUUUAUUGAUUUCACAUUGGAGAAUUUUAGCUCUGCAUUUCACACAUCCCCUUGGGGAGCAGUGGGCUGCCAUCGUUGGGCACCCGGGGAGCAAUCAGGGGUUAAGGAUCUUGCUCAGGGUCUCAAGGUGGCAGUCUGUGGGAGUGGGUUUCGAACUCACAACCUCAGGAUUCAAACCCUAUAGCCCAACCCCUAGGCCACCACUCCCCCUACUGACCUAAUUAACCAACUACAACAAGUUUAAUAUAAUUAUGCAAAAUUUAUUUUAAUAAAUUUUGUAUUUAUUUUAUAUUUUCAGCAGCAGUGGUAAUAACUGUUGCUUCUCUAUCUCAAAUAAAAGCAGUUAAUUAACC